AUGGGCUAUCCACCACAUGGUCAUAGGCCUGGUGAUAAGAAAAGGUAUUAUUACUCUAAUAAUCCUAAUCGAAGACACGGCCCACCAUUCGCCAAGAAAAGUCAUGGAUUCUUUCAUGCACAGGAUCAAGAACAGACUUCCAUACAACAAUCAUUAAAUCCUAAUCUGAUUCCUCAGGCAAAAAGAGUCGACCCUCUGCCGCCAGCUACUGCAAAUGGAAUAACUUCGUAUGCAGAUGCUGGGAAGAAAGCGUCUCGUUAUGACCCAAAUUCUUCGAUGAGGCCAACAUCAUCCCAUUAUAGAACCGCGAAGGCAAGUGUAACAACAACCCCAUUGCCAGCAACAGCAACGCUGACGACGGCGGCAAGAAAUACCGGUAGUCGGUACAAUCCUGAAAUGGAUUCCAAAAUAAUCACCAGCACUCAUGGGACAAAAAGUUCGAUGCCAAUCGUUUCGAAGGAGACAAGUUCAGUUGUAAAUACUUCGGAACCAAUUAGAUCACGAUAUUCAGGAAGUGCCUCUUGCAGAUACUCGAUUCAUCAUCAACCAUCUUCUCCGAAUGUUGGUCCUCCAAAUAGAGCAGUAACGCCGUCAUCAAACUCAUCACCAAAAAUGAUUCAAAGACAAAAUCAAGGAUCAAUAUCAGUACCAUCAUCUUCUUCUCUACCAGGCUUAACCUCUCGAAAACCUACUGCCUCGAGAAAUCAGAUUCAAGAUCAACCUAAAAGCGAUAGAAUAGACACUUACCCACAGAGAAAUUCCUCAGUAAAUAAUAUUCACAAUGUAUAUCAUUCCAGCGAUCCAUUAGCUAAUGCUAAUGCAGCAUCCAAUUAUUAUCAGCGAAGUAACAAAUGGAAAUCAUCGGUACACCAUUCAAGUUCAGCGUCAAAAAUAGAUAUGUCGGGGUAUAACAUGGUCAAUUCCAUUCCAACUACGAACGUACGUCCAUCCAUCUGGAAAAGUCAUUCCAGUAGGCCUUCCACACCAUCAACAAUGAUAGCUCAAAUUGCGCCACCAUCUUCAUCUUCUGUAAUAAACGACACGAUUCCAAAUUCUACUUCAAUAAAGCACGUAUCUGAUAACAAGUAUUUAUCAAAGACAACUGUGCCGCCUGAUAGGAAGGAUAACAUUGAACCAUACAUUUCUACUGCACAUUUUACUGAAGUACAUGGCGGCCAUGACAUCACAAGUAAUAAAGAUGAUAAAACUAACAUUCGAAAUGAAAAUAAUAUUACACAUAAAGAGCCAAAUAGAGAGGAAAAGCAUCGACAACAAGAACAACAUGUAUCAUACAAACCUUCAUCAAAUCCUCAUUCAUUAGGUUCUAGUUUAUUUAAUUCUGUACCAAGAACAACUAGAGAAACCGAACAGAGAAAAUCAGUAGCGAAACUUCCUAAAGAAACCCCACCUGAUUUACAAAAAGUAACAGUAGAUAAGAAAUCAGCUUCAUCCAACUUAUCAGAUAAUAAAAUAAAAAAGCGUGGGGAUACCGAUAACUUUACUAUGUGGACAUCAUUAAGUAAAAAAGAACAAAAAAUGACUACGGAGGAUGGCAAGACGAAUUUAAAACGUAAGAAAUCUCUUAUUACUAGUGAUAAAAUCAGUGAUAAAAAUGAACCCCUUAAAGAAGAGAUUGAAGGUGCUAAAAUCAAUAGAAAAAAAACAACUAUAAUUGAAACUGCAGUUAAAAAUGUAAAGCAAGAAUUUGAUUAUGAACAUGUUCAUGACCCGGAAUUGUUGAAGAUAGAUUUAUCAAAAUUACAAAAAUAUACUUCAAAAGUACCUUAUUCAAACCCUAAAUCCGAAAUCACUGAAUGUAUUUUCCCAUUAUCUGAAGUUGAAACAAAGUUAUGGGAGUUGAAGAAUAAAGCCAGAUUAGAGAUCACUGAGAAACAAAAAUAUUUAUUAAAAGUACCAAUUACAUCGUUGAGAGAACAUUCAUUUUUUGAGAAGAAUAUCCAAUUUCAUCACUCUAAUAUUAGGAAAGAACUUUACAAGAAACUUUUAGACUUGAAAAAUUUCGAAGACACAAGAAUAACUAACUUAAAAAAAUUAUAUUUCAGAUAUGAAAAGGACUGGGAUGUUCAUUGCAAUAAGAUGGAACGUUUAAGUAACGAACUAAGAAAAGAAGAAAUAGAAUCGAAGAGAAAAUUGAAGGAAGAACAAGAAUUGAAAGAGAAGCAAGAAAAGGAGCAAACCAACUCGCAAAAUAAUAUAGUUACUGCCGGUAUUGUGCCUCGUCGUAGAAAUAGAGCAGACUUUGUCGAUGAUGAUGAAAUUGAGAGUGUCUUAUUACAAAUCGAUCCUGAUUAUAGACAUCAUCAAGCGGCGGCUUCAAUCCCACCAUUAAUUAUUGAUCCUGUGAAAAAAAUUGCUCAAAAAUUUAAGGACGUUAAUAAUCUUGUAACCGAUAAAAAUGAAUGGGCAACAAGAAUUGUCAGAAAUGGUAUAGAUACAUUUACUAAGGAUGAACAUGAGCUUUUCGCUGAUGCCUAUGUCAUGUAUCCCAAGAAGUUUGGCAAAAUUUCUCAUUAUAUGGGUAGCUUAAGAUCUCCCGAAGAAUGUGUCCUUCAUUAUUACAGGACGAAGAAGACAAUUGAUUACAAAGCAUUAUUAUUAGAGAAAAACAAAAGAAAAAAGCACAGUAAUCCUUCAAAACGUCGUAUAAAGAAAAAGGAGAGAAGCAUUGAUGAAGUUAUCAGUGAUCAAUCGAUUAAAACAAAUGAACCUAAUAUUUUUCAGGAAGCAGAAGUUGUUAAUGAUGACGUCGAUGUUGCAAAACAUGAGGAGCCUCAUGUCAAAGUUCAAAAUGAAAGUUUAGAUGAAAAACUACCAAUUACAGGAUUAGUUGCAAAGGAAGCACCUGUUUCUACAGUUGCUUCUGAAAUUAAUGCCCAAAAUCCGAGAAUAUCAAAUGGAACUAUUGAUAAGACAACUCUACCAGAGACAAACCAUGAAGCAAGUGAUACAUCCAUCGAAGUGCCCAAUCUCGUAGCUCCUCCUGUCCUCGAUACAUCAUCGUCUGUUACCAUGAGUCAACGAUUACCACCAAUAAACAUGGCAGAAAUCCAAUAUGGAGGUACAAGUAUGAAAAGAACUAGUGACCAACAAUCGAGUACAAGUAAUGAUGGUUCAACGGCGAUGGCCGGUGGCCAAGAUGAUGCCGCAAAUAGAGAUCAAACAAAUGAAACAGAUCAAGGCCAAAUAAGAAAAAAACAGAAAACAAGUAGUGAUCAUAAAUCCAGUUACUGGAGUGUGAAAGAAGCUUAUGCGUUUCCAGAGUUAUUACAAGAAUAUGGGUCACAAUGGUCGGUUAUUUCUCAGAAAUUGGGUAGUAAAUCUACAACAAUGGUUAGAAAUUAUUAUCAAAGAAAUGCCGCCCAAUACGGAUGGAAGUCUAUUGUCGAAGAGUCAGAUAAUAAAAGAAAUACUACAAGAAAUAACUUUAUGCAACAAGCUCAGAUGGUUAUGCAGCCAGACCAAGCAAACACAAUUCCACAUACGUUUACUAGUAUCCCACCGCAACAAAGGCCUGCCUUAGCAUUUUUUACAAAUCAACCUGAUUCGAUAUCUCAAGAUAAACAAGAAGUUGGAACACCAACUAAUCCAUUUUCUUCAGAAAUAUAUAAAGAACCAUUUUCUAAAGUCACUACACCCAAGUCAACACUUCCCCCACCAAAGUUAUCAGCUAUUCAAUUGAAACAUCCUGGUUCCAGUUUACAACAUUCCAGUUCACUACCUGGCACUUUUCCACCAAGUAUUAACAUUAUUGAUGGUCAUACAGUAAUGGUACCAGUGGGUAGUCAACCACAAAUUCAUCAAGAGAAUUUGACCCAUAUUGGUGGCUCUAGUAUUAACGAUAUUCUAAACACAGGUACGCAACUGUAUGGUAAUGAAGCUCUCGCGUCCAGCCCAACAUAUUCCAUGCAAAGAAAUGUAAAUGUUUCAAAUAAAAUCAAUUCAUCCCUUGGUCAAGUAGUUAUUCAGGAAUUACAAGCGUCGAACAAUGCUUUGUCUUCAGGACCGAAAUCUAGCUCUAUUUUGUCGUUAUUAAACCCUGAAACCAACGGGAACGCAGCUAGAAAUGUCAGUUAUACUCGUCCAAGUUCGGCAUAUAAUUAUGCUUUACCUAAUAUUAACCCUUACAAUACAAUGGCUCCAUUACAAACUGCACCACAAGUUCAAACUCCACUACCAGGUCCGCCAUCAUCAUCAACAGCAUCAUUGCCUCAACAUUUUCCUAUAAACCAAAGAAUGACAGAACUUCCCAAACUAUCUAAUGUUCACCCUACAUUUAAUUUUAGCACUGACCCGCUUGCUGCUUUAGCUGCUGUUGCAUCAGCACCUGAGAACAUGCCAUCAUUUUCAUCAAAUAAUGCUGCCUCCAUGGACAAAACUUCUACAGUAAAUAAUGAAGAUACAGAAUAA